AUGGCAGCUUAUGCAGCUCUGGUUUCAUUGAUGAACAAUAUUGAGCAGAUGAUGAGCCAUCCUCGCCUUUCAACUGUAUUCGACAAGAAACAGAUUGAAGCCAUUGGGGAAAAGGCUGAUGGCUUGCUCGACUUGAUUACCAACAGUAAUAUUGAUGGAGGUAGCAAAGAAGCAUCAGAUCUGGAGAGUCAAAUCGCAUCUGCAGCUCAUGCAGCUGAAGAUGUGAUUGAAUCGCACAUUAUCGAUCAAAUUCCUGCUGGAUCCAGUCAUGGAUGCUCGUUGUUGGAUCUGCAACAAAUAAUUGAAGAUAUGGAUGGUAUCAUGAGAAAGGGUGCUGAGCUCAAGGAGAAAUUGCGAGCGAGAGAGGAGCAAGCUACACAUGGUGAAAUGGAUGCUGUGGAGGAGAAACAACCUCUCACCACCACCACCGGAAAGGCUUCUCCGGUGGGACUCGAAGACGACGUGAUCCACAUCAUGGACAAGCUCACCAUACAUCAACCCAAGCAGCAAAUCAUCUCGAUUGUUGGGAUGGGCGGCAUGGGUAAGACCACGCUUGCUCUAAAUGUUUAUGAAAAUUCAUUCAUUAAGGAACACUUUGACAUUCGUGCUUGGGCUACUGUAUCUCAACAAUACUGUGCAAAAGAAAUCUUUUCAAAACUUCUCUCUAGCAUAGCGCAAAGUGGAAGUGAAAAUGAUUUAGGGCUAGAGUUGCAUCAGAGUUUAUGGGGUAGAAGAUAUCUGAUUGUAUUAGAUGACAUAUGGAGUGUCGAAGCUUGGGAUGAGGUGAAGCGUUACUUUCCUGAUAAUGGAAAUGGAAGUCGGAUCGUUUUAACUACUAGGUUGUCGGAUGUGGCCAGUGAUUGUGGCUCUAGUUCUUGCAUCACCAUGAAACCUUUAAAAAAGGAUCAAAGUUGGGUGUUGUUUUGCAGAAACGCUUUCCAGCAAGAACAUUGCCCUUAUCCUCAACUAGAAAGUGUGGGAAAUGAGAUUGUUAGAUUGUGCAGAGGACUACCCUUGUCAAUUGUUGUGAUUGGAGGGUUUCUUCUCAAAUCGCCUAGGACUGUAGGAUUCUGGGAGGAUGUUGCCAAGAAUAUAAUAUCAAUCCCCAAUUCAAUGGAGAAGCAAGAGAUCUUAGAUGUGUUAUCUUUAAGCUAUAAUCACUUGCCCCCUCAUCUGAAACCAUGUUUUCUUUAUAUGGGAAUUUUUGAGGAGGACCGUGAGAUUCGUGCAUCACGAAUCAUCAAACUUUGGGUUGCUGAAGGAUUUAUCAAACCGAAGAGAGCUCAAAUGUUAGAAGAGAUUGCAGAGGGGUACUUGAAUGACUUAGUCGACAGGAAUCUUGUUCUUGUUGGCAGACAUCGAUAUAAUGGGAAGAUUAGGUCUUGUCGACUUCACGAUCUGAUAAGAGAUCUGUGCUUGAAAGUAUCUGAGAAAGACAAGUUCUUCUAUGCCAAAAGGGCACUCAACAACAUGACUGAGGAGCGUCGCUUCAUAUGUCAUGACUUCAUCAGGAGUGCUGAUGGUCAUGAGAUGUCUGAUGCUGUUAUGUCAGCGCACCUUCUUCGUUCUCUGCUCUGCAGGAGUGCUCAUGAGAUGUCUGAUGCUCUUAUGUCAGCGCAGCUUCUUCGUUCUCUGGUAUCCAGCACAUGGUGGAAGCUGCCGGUUGUGUUUAAUUUGUUGAGGGUUUUGACUGUGAUUAGCGACUGUUCCGCGGAAGAUGUAAUGCAGAACUUGAACCUGCGGUGCCUUACUUUCGAACCUUUUGAUUCCGGCGCCUGGGUAUGGCUUCCUCCUUCAAUAUCCCUCAUUUGGAACCUGCAAACAUUGUCAAUUCACGUGGUAAACAAUAGUCUAGUUGUUGCACCAAUUGAAAUUUGGAGCUUGUCACAACUUAGGCAUGUGGAGUGCAAACGGAUUUAUCUUCCCCAUCCUCCUCCAAAUGACUGUGUUGUCAUGGGAAACUUACAGACAUUGACAAAAGCAGUAAAUUUGAGGUUGAGUGAGGAGGUGCGUAAGAGAAUUCCCAACACCAGCAAAUUGCAUCUAAUCUACGACAAAAAGUUGAAGGGCUAUGAUGAUUGCUUGUUCGACCAUCUCCACAAUCUUGGCAGCUUACAUAAACUUCAAUCACUAAAGCUAGUUUCCACCUCUGCUAACUCCUCAUGCAAUGCAGAUAGGCUUAAGUGUGCAUUUCCGGUAUCCCUGAAGAAGCUGUCACUGAAAAACUGCAGUCUUGACUGGAAUGAUCUAACAAUCAUCGGUUCUUUACCCCAAUUAGAAGCUCUCAAGCUAGAUAAUUCCGUCAAGGGACAGAACUGGAGUCUGGUUAACGGGGAGUUUCUCCGCCUUAGAUUCUUGAGCAUUAUCAAUUGUGAUCUGAGAUGUUGGGAUGCAGACAGCUCCCAUUUCCCAGUUCUGGAGAAGCUUAGACUUGAGGGAUUGAUGCACUUGGAAGAGAUCCCUUUGGAUAUUGGAGAAAUUCCGACACUUGAAAUUAUCAGUGUGGAUAGAUGUAGUGAGUCUGCUGGAAUUUCCGCAAAGAAAAUAAAGGAAGAAGAAGAGAGUCUAGGAAAUGAGGGCCUUCAAAUAUUAGAUAUUGAUGAGAGCAUAGAUGCGCGUGCUGAACCAUUUAUAGUAGCCUUCAAGUUCCUAGCAUUUAGAUGGUCGUUAGAUUAUCUCUACGAUUAA